UACAGAUAUUGCGCGCAGUUAAGUUCUUCCAUUGACCGUCUGACAUGCCACUGGACUCGUCACCGCUGACUGAAGUAAUUGAAAUCCCAACAUCGGAUAGCGGCGAAGAUGAGAGCGGACUGUUUUCUUCUCCAAAAGCACCAUCGAGGCCCAAGAAGGCGCCCGAACAACCACCCGGAGACCGCAAGCGCAAGCGGAAGGUUGUUCUGUCCGACGACGACGACCUGCUUCCGAUCGUAAUCACUUCGUCUCCAGCUCCCCCAGCAAAAACACGUCGUUCUUGGACAACAUCAGCCAAGGCCUUCCCGGCGACCGAGAAAAGCGCAAACAAGCACAACUCCCGCUCACACACACCGAGUCCUCCAGACCGAGUCCCAGACUUUGAUCCUCCGAAGUCAGUCGCCUCGCCAGUUCGCCCUCCAGCCUCUGGAAAACCUAAAGCUACCCCGAUGAGCGAGCUCAUCCGACGCGUGAAUUCUCAGCCGAGUUCCCCAUUUCCAAAAACUAGUCGACCGUACUCGCCACUGCUCAAGUCCUCACGAACGAUGCUAUCGCGCAUUGCGCCACUACAUCCCACGCGACGAACGCCUCCGCCGCCACCUCCUAGACCCCCGCCCCCAAAGAAGAGCAAGAAACAAGUUGAGCUGGAGGAGAGGAUUGAAGAAGAGCUUGCAGAGACCAUCGAAGGGUGGUCGUGUAUGACUGAGGAAGAGAGGAAGGAACUGAGGAGGGCGAGAUUGGACGCAGAACUGGGAUACGAGUAGGUUACAGGUGGCCCAUGGACAGAUUACUGUUAGACUAGAAAUGCCCCCUAUGUAAGCCUAGUACGUUUGCAAUUGCCGGUGUGGC